AUGGACCUGAAGUGGAAACCUGGCAGAGUUUCUUGUCCAGCUUCAGCUGCAGUCCGGGUGACUGAUUUAAGUUGGCGAGGCAACCUAAAUCCCAGUCCGCUGAUUAAAGGUGACAGAGAGCCACUUAUGGAUGAAUACCUUUCCCCCAGUAAACUGAAAGUUUUGACAGGGGUAGAUGAUCUGCAGCGAGUGAAGGCCCUAGAGAUGCAAGUAGAUACAAGAGAGAACAGCUUGGGAAACUUUGGUACCUACCUACCUAAUCUGAGAGAACUGAAGUUGAACAAUAGCUUGCUUGUGUCUGUGAGGGAUCUUGGAACCACGUUGUCCCAUCUCCACAUCCUGUGGAUGGCUCGCUGUGGGCUCUCAGAUUUAGAUGGGAUCUCUUCCUGCAGCUCUCUAAAAGAACUCUACAUAGCCUAUAAUAAUAUCUCUGACCUGAGCCAGCUGACCUGGUUGGAUCACCUUGAGGUUUUGGACCUGGAAGGGAACAAUAUUAAGGACAUCAACCAGAUGCAGUACCUGGGACUUUGUUGCAAGCUGAGCCGCCUGACAGUGGAGGGCAAUCUUAUUUGUUUGAAGCCAAAUGCAGAAUCUGCAGAGGAACCAGAUUAUAAUUACAGAGCUGAAGUAAUAAAACUCAUUCCCCACUUGGAGUAUUUGGAUGAAAUACCAGCAAGCCAGACAGCUCUCCUUCCUUCCAAGAAGAUGCAUAAGGAUUGGCUAAUCAUCAAGGAAUCCAUCAAGGAAGGUGGUUUAGCUGGAGACAUUUCAUGGUUAGGUAUGUCAGUAGCAAGGCAGUCUGGAUGCAGCCAAAGACCCCCGACAACUUCCAGACCUGGAACUGCACAGUGGUCUGCUAAUGCAGGGAGAUCCUGCAAUGCCCACCUGUUGUACAGUGGCUGUCCUCUCCCAGAUCCCACUGUUUCUGAUGAGCUGUUCCCAGAAGAUGACUCUAGUGAUUUGACACAUGGACUCAGUCAAGUUAUAUGUGGGAACCCCACCAAGGCCCUUCGUGCAAGGAGGCAAAAGCUAGGUCCACCUGUAGUGAGCCCUUUGAAACUCUGUGGUAUGAGGAUGGAAAACCUUUACAGCUCUGGAGGAGGAAGAGAUCUGCACCGGGAAGAUGUGUUCUCUGAACUGAGAGUACGGAGAGAGCAGCCCAAGCGACGGUGCCUGCAAACAGGUCAUCAAGAAAAAGCCACCCAAGCAUUGGAGGUAACUCUUAGUGAUGAGGAAGAGGGUGAAGACUGCAGCCUGACUGCCAGCUGUGAAGAUGAGUUGAGGGAGACCUGUGAUGAGGACCUCAUUGGAAGAAUUUCUCUUGAUUCUUCUUGCCACUCCUGUCUCUCCCAAUCUUCCUCAG